AUGGCGCCAUCCUUGGAGGAGCCUGUAGCUACUCCUAUUCUUCCCGAAGUGCCAGGUAAACUGUCGCGCAACAAGUUCAACUAUGAGCCAGGCCGGACUGUGGUUGAGAAGCACGACAAUUAUGCCUACCAAGGCUUGUUGCCUUCGUUCCCUGACUUGCAAUGGGAGCCCAUCGGCCCUGUGCCGUACCAGGAGAAAGGCCUGCUCGGGGAUCCCAACUUCAAGAACCUCCUGAGCUCGGCCACCGAUGUCUUCGAUUAUAACCCCAAGAUCGGAACAGAAGUUCACGGCGUCAAUCUUGCCAAGCUGACUGAUGCCCAGAAGAAUGACCUCGCUCGUCUGAUUGCUGUGCGAGGCGUUGUUUUUUUCAGAGGUCAGGACGAUCUUGAUAUUGACGCUCAGCGGGAAUUGGGACAUUAUUUUGGGACACUCCACAAGCAUGCAACAACUGCCACUCCUAAAAACGGCAUCGAAGAUGUUCAUGUAGUUUACACAGGCGACAACUCUAUUGAUCAAAGGGCAUUGUUUGCUCCGAGCUUUCUGUGGCAUUCGGAUGUAACCUAUGAAGUUCAACCACCAUCAUACACUUCUCUGAAGGUCAUCACCGGUCCACCACGGGGUGGUGGUGGGGACACAUUGUGGUCUUCCCAGUAUGCUGCAUAUGAUGCGCUCUCGUCACACAUGCAGACCUAUCUUAAAGGUCUGACAGCUCUACAUUCUGCGGAAAUGCAGGCCAGCGACACAAGAGCGUCCGGACGCACUGUGCGGCGUGAGCCAGUCACAACAGAGCACCCUCUGAUUCGCACAAACCCUGUAACUGGCUGGCAUAGUCUGUGGUUCAACCCUGGCUUUGUUACCAAGAUCGUAGGCGUGCCCAAGCUCGAGAGUGACUCAAUAAUUCGCUACCUCACAGAGGUGAUGGCAACUACCCAAGAAGCUCAUGUUCGUUUCCAAUGGAACAAGAACGACGUAGCAUUUUGGGACAAUCGUGUAACUAAUCACACUGCAUCAUAUGGCUUUGCGCCCCACCGUCGUCAUGCUGUAAGAGUUGCAGUACAUGCUGAAAGGCCGUAUCUGGAUCCAGCCGGCCAGUCACAAGAAGAAGACCUGGCUGCACGUUAUAGUCUGCCUCUUGUGAACAAGGACGGGGCUCGGCAGUCCAAUUACAACGAUUGA